AUGGCGAGUAGUAGUAGGAUAGAUUCGAGCUUGCCAGCGCAACCCAACUUGCGAUUAACUAUCAUUGCGGCGGAUGGACUUUACAAGCGCGAUGUAUUUAGAUUUCCGGAUCCCUUCGCUGUGGCGACCCUUGGCGGCGAACAGACCAAAACGACGACAGUGAUUAAGAGAACCCUCAAUCCAUACUGGAACGAGAGCUUCGACCUACGUGCCAAUGAAGACAGUAUCCUAGCAGUUCAAAUAUUUGACCAGAAGAAGUUCAAGAAGAAGGACCAAGGAUUUCUUGGUGUUAUCAAUGUUCGAGUGGGAGACGUCGUUGACUUUUCUACGACACAGGAUCAGAUGCUCACUCGUGAUCUCAAGAAAUCUACUGAUAACUUGGUCGUGCAUGGGAAGCUCAUCAUCAAUCUCUCUACGAACUUAGACUCCCCGCCUCGAGGCAACCAAGCAGCUGGCGCGGGACCUUCCAACACAAGCCGACCUUCUUUGGCUACUCCCCAAGGAUCCACUCUCCAAGGCGCCUCUACCUCUGCUCUCACUCCUCAACCGUCUAACGUGGUCAUGGCGAAUGGAUCCACAGUCACAGGGCCAACUCCAGGCCAUGCACCCGCUGCCGGCAGCGCCGGCACAUCAGCAAAUGCAAAUGGUGCAGGUCCAGCUAGACAGGCUGGGACUUUUAGUUCAUUCGAGGAUGCACAAGGGAGAUUACCGGCUGGGUGGGAACGACGAGAAGAUAACUUGGGCAGGACAUAUUACGUUGAUCAUAAUACCCGGUCUACAAGCUGGAAUCGCCCAUCGGCUACCGGGACCGCAGAGACCCAGAGGAACGAACGUGAUGCUAACACCCAGGUCGAACGUCAACGACAUCAGAAUCGUACUCUGCCAGAGGACCGAACUGGUGCUAACUCUCCAAGCAACCAGGCACAAGCUCCACCAGCAUCGAGUACCCCCAACUCAGCAACAAUGAUGGCAACCGGGGCCACCACAGCUGGUACAGGUGAGCUUCCACCGUUAUGGGAGCAAAGACAUACUCCCGAAGGACGUGCGUAUUUUGUGGAUCAUAACACCCGGACGACCACUUGGGUCGAUCCAAGACGGCAACAGUACAUUCGCAUGUAUGGAGGCCAGAAUGCGAACAACACUAUCCAGCAACAGCCCGUCUCCCAACUGGGACCAUUGCCAAGUGGCUGGGAAAUGCGCCUGACAAAUACUGCACGAGUAUACUUUGUCGACCACAACACUAAAACCACCACUUGGGACGAUCCUCGGCUCCCAUCUUCUCUCGACCAGAAUGUUCCUCAAUACAAGCGAGAUUUCCGACGUAAGCUCAUCUACUUCCGAUCUCAGCCAGCGCUUCGUAUUUUAUCAGGGCAAUGUCAUGUCAAGGUUCGAAGGUCUCAUAUCUUCGAAGACUCAUAUGCUGAGAUUAUGCGUCAAUCUGCAACGGACUUGAAGAAACGGCUUAUGAUCAAGUUUGACGGAGAAGAUGGUCUCGAUUAUGGUGGACUUUCCAGAGAGUUCUUCUUCCUAUUGUCCCACGAAAUGUUCAACCCUUUCUACUGCCUGUUCGAGUACUCCGCCCACGAUAAUUACACCCUCCAGAUCAAUCCUCACUCCGGUAUCAAUCCAGAGCAUCUCAACUACUUCAAGUUUAUCGGUCGUGUAGUCGGUCUUGCUAUAUUCCAUCGUCGUUUCCUUGAUGCAUUUUUCAUUGGCGCUCUGUACAAGAUGAUGCUCAAUAAAGCUGUGGCACUCUCCGAUAUGGAGGGAGUUGAUGCCGACUUCCACCGCAGUCUUCAAUGGAUGCUUGAUAACUCUAUCGAGGGUGUUUUAGAGCAGACUUUCUCGACCGAAGACGAGAGAUUCGGUGUCACUAAUGUGGAGGACUUGAAGCCAGGUGGACGUGAUAUUGAGGUCACAGACGAAAACAAAAAGGAGUACGUUGACCUCAUGGUCAAGUGGAGAAUCCAGAAGCGUAUCGACGAGCAAUUCCAGGCUUUCAUCACUGGCUUCCACGAGCUCAUUCCUGCCGAGCUUGUCAAUGUCUUCGAUGAGCGAGAGUUGGAGUUACUGAUUGGCGGUAUUGCCGAAAUCGAUGUUGAGGAUUGGAAGAAGCACACCGACUACAGAGGAUAUACUGAGUCGGAUGAGGUCAUCAAAUUCUUCUGGCAGACAAUUCGCAGCUGGGAUGGGGAACAGAAAUCCCGGCUUCUGCAAUUCGCAACUGGAACAUCUCGAAUUCCUGUUAACGGAUUCAAAGAUCUUCAAGGAAGUGACGGUCCUAGGAGGUUCACUAUUGAGAAGGCGGGAGAAUUUAACAAUCUCCCCAAGUCACACACCUGCUUCAACCGACUCGACCUUCCCCCGUAUAAAUCCCUAGAAGCACUACAAACGAAAUUGACGAUGGCAGUAGAAGAGACUAUGGGCUUUGGGCAGGAGUGA